AUGGUUUAUAUAUCCACCAACGAAACUGAAGAUGAUCCUACUGUUAAAGAUGUGACUUAUUCGGGUUUUAAUAUGCAGAGCAUGAGAGCUAACCUUGAAUCAAGUAUUGAAAACUUUUGGCAGUGCAUAAAAGUUAAAUCAAAUGAUUAUAUAGUUAAAGAAGAAACUGACAAAAUUAACUUUCAACGUGAGAAAUUUCUCUCAUUUAUUGAAGGUUCUAUCCAACAAAGCCACGAAAUACGCAAAUAUGUUUCGAACUUGCAGUUAUUAAUUAAAAGUUUCUCCGACCAGCCUAUCUCUGAUGAUAACCAUAGAAGUUUAAAAUCUUUAUUGGAUGAUACUGAACGUAAUUUGAAAUCGUCUGAAAAGUUGAAGGAUCAAGCUAAUAUGGUUAAAGAUGAACUAGUAGAUAUCAGAAACAAUCUUAAUAAAUAUAAAAAUGAUGUUCAGAAUGAUUCGAGCAACAUUAGAUCGAAAACAAAAGAUGAAUUUGACAAAGUUAAUGAUGAAAUCAAAUCCUCAACAACUACUCUCGCGGUUGGAUCUGCCGCUGCAGGAAUUGGUGCUGUAUUAACUGCGGUUUCUGUAGCUCUUGCACCGUUUACUGCUGGUGCUAGUAUUGCUAUAGAAGCGGCUAUUUUUGGUAUUAUUGGAGGUUCAGCUGCAAUUGGUGGUGGUGCUGCUGUUGCCAUAAAAGAAGGAAUGAAUAGACCAACUAGAUGGGCUAAAAGCGGUGACAUUAAAGAGAAAUUGGAACAAGAAAGGAAAGAUUUAACAGUCAUAAUCGAUAAGAUGGAGGAAGAUCUUAAAUCAAUAAUUAUAACAAUUGGACAGCUUGUUGGAUAUUGGGAGAAUCAGACAGAAAUCGUUUCUGAUCUUUUAGAUAAAGUGAAUGAAACAAAAACUGAUGGGAAAGUAAACAAUUUGGUCGUUAGAGCUAUUGACAAAUCUUUGAAAGAAUUGGAAUUAGAUGAACUUUAUGCCAAAGAUUUUUGUGUUACAAUAAGAGGUUUAUUGGCAAAAGAUCAAACCGAAUCUAAGACGGGAUUGGUCGAAAAUGAAUUUUAUCAUUUUUUACUUUUUAUACGAGAAAAUUUUUAA